UUUUUUGAUUUUAGGUGCAGUUGCGGCCACUGCCACGUGAUGUUGACGGCCGCCAAAUGUAUCUGUUGCAUGGAGGUGGGGGAGGCCGCCGCCAACACCGGCAGUGUCUGCACCACACAGCACAGCGACUUCUUCGGGGCAAUCCGCAAUCCCGUCGGCCUCCAAAUCGCGUUUCGCAUGAGGGCGAUCGAGCUCUUGGACAGGGAGCUUGUCGGGAACAGGGAAACCCACAGGAAGUACAGGUGCGUUGCAUACCACCAGUUUGCAAGGUGGAUUUGGCGCCGCCUUGGGAGGCACAACAGGAAGAUCCUGCCUGCCUGUGUAGUAAAGGCCAUUAGGAAUGCCUAUCCAUCAGAAGAAUACUGUGGCUUUAGAUAUCCUGCCCUGUAG